AUAAUACAAACACAUUUUUAUUCCAAAAGAGAGAGAGAGUAGUAUUUUCAUUGCAUUUUCUCACUAACCAUAACUUGUAUAUGGAUAUGAAUUAAUCCCAGUUGUAUUUGUUUAAGCAACGAAUAUGUCCAGCUUAUGAAACCGUACUACUGCAAAAUUACCUGGUAUUUUUUUAUCAACAGUUCAUGGGUAGUGGCUGCACUUGGACCUUGAACCAGUGAUUAGCUUCAAACAUUCUCAAAAUGGCUAUGGAAGCAAUAUUCACGUACCAUAGCGCAUCCAGGUGGCCAGUUAGAAUAGGAUGGUCACAUCACUCUAAACACUCUCUACUGUAGAGUGUAUAAGAAUAUUGGUCCGGUGGUUACCAUGAGCUGAAGUGUGAAUUGACCUAGCCAUCUAUCAAGGAAUGAAUGGUUCAACUGAAGCAUCAAAAUUCACAUAUAACAACUUUCAUUGCUGGAACCUCUUGGUUGCCGGCCAAUACCAUUGGGGGCGCUGUUCAGUUCUGGCCUUUGAAUUCCACAUUGCGCAUUACUACUUCAAUUUGUUUCAUGAACAUUGUUUUGUUCUUUCAUUGUGUGAUGAAAUGCCUUCAGCAAUGGGCAAUCCCUGCAAUUGUGGUAAAACUAUUAUUAACUCUUACUAUAAUUAUAAUACUAUUCUCUCAUGCCUGUCAGAAUAACAUAGUCAAUUGUACUCUAGGCCAAAUACAAAAACGCAGGAGCACACACUCACGCACUUAAUUGUACUUGAUUAUAACCAUUCUGAAUUUGAGUGAAAUUUGAUGUUAGCUCCCAAUCAGCAUUCAAAUGCAGCUAUAUGGUAUGAAGUGGACACCUAAAGCAUUACCAUACUUAUCUGUUGAUCAAGAACCUGUACCUUGAAUCUUCUGCAGUUUUAAUGCAUAAGCAUCAUCAAUGCCCAAAAGUCAUUUGCAACAUCUACAGACAUGAACCCUUGAGCACAAAGAACUACUUUCAAUGUCUAUCAUAAAAGUAAAGAGUGUAGCUCUUC